AUUUAUUUGAUGAAAAUCAUUUUUUGAUGAAGACGAUAAUUUUCAAUAAUAUUUAUACCCGAUUUAAAUACCCCGUUUGAAAGCCACGCGAGUGGGCGGCGCAUCCAAUGAGAAAAGGGCCCUCUCUUCUUUUCUGGUCCUCGAGGCAUGAUCAUCAUCAUCCCCCUUACAAACAAGAAUCUCUUUUUCAAGGGUGGAGGGGGACUUUUCUCUAAACUCCAACAGCAUCUUUCAAUCCUCUAACCAGUAGAGAGAAGUCACACUUUCCUCUUAUCUCGGGUCAGUUCACUUGCAACAUUCUUCGAGCUCUCGCGAUCUUCAGUCUCAAAGAUAACGUGAUUUUCUCAACAUCGACCAAAAAUUUAUAUUUAUUUAGGCCCCUGAAAUUUUAUUUCCCAAAUUCGUUUAUUUAGUUUUUGGGGGUUUUUUCAUUUUAAGAAAAAAAAAAAAUUUAUUAAAUCGAUUAUAAUUUUCAAAAAGGUGAUAUGAAAAUUUAAAAUUGAAAAGAAAAAUACGGAGAUGUAAAUAAAAUUAAAUAGAAAAUUUCUAGUGAUAAAAAAUUCUAGUCUUUUGGAAAUAAAAAUCUUGGAAAAUUUGAAUGCAGUUCAACGAUUUGUGUUUUCGCGUAAACAUCAGAAAAUAACUGCGAACAUACGUCAUAUUACACUUAUAAGUGUCGUAAUAAUCGAGAUAAUAUAGAGGAGAAAGAUUUCUCAUUUAGAAGCAACCUAAACUGCAAUCUAAUCAAACAAUUUCAAUUUUAAGAUGAUUUUAAUUGAAAGAAUAAAAUUACACGAAUUUUGAAAUUUUUAUUGUGCAUAUAUAUAAGAUAUAUAGAAGGAGAAAAAAAGAAAAGAAAAUGCAUCUUGAAAAAAUUUUGGGAUUGAUGAAAGAAGAGAAUUUUAGUGAUAGUCAAAUAAAACGAGAAAGUGAAAAUUUCACAUUUUCCGGAGCAUCAUUGAGCUCAAUGUCGAAUGAGUGGACGACGUCACAGAUGGAGAGUACAACCCUUUCGCCAUUGAUAUUGAGUCCAAAGACAGAAGAAGAGAUCAACGAAUGGGAUCAAAUUAGUUCAAUAUUUCAAUAUCCAACAGUUGAUCCCUAUUAUUUUGAAUCGGGAAAUCUUUAUUCACCGGGCAGUACAGGAAGUGAAGUUUCAACUCCAACAUGGGGCAGUGGAAUUCAUAAAAGUGAAUACGGUGAAUUUUCCGAUGAAGUGUUGAGGAAUCAACGAUUGCCACCAGUUGAAACUGUUUUUUCAUUCUCGAGGCCUUUUGGAAGUCAAAUUUCCGAUUUCCCAAAUGUUCAGGUAUUUGAAGAGUUCCAAGAGCCACAGGAAGUGCAAAAUUUGAAUUUACAAAUUAACGAUAUUUUAAAUGACACAAAUACAAAUGAUAGUUUACAAAUUAUUGAUGAAUUUGAUUUGGGUUUAAUUCGAGGUGAUCCAACGACAUUGAUAACGAAUUUUGAAUUGUCAAAAGGAUCAACUUAUCAUGAUCUCUCAGAACAAACAGAAAUUGUUAAUGACACAUCAUCGUCAUCUUCCUGUUAUGCCGUUGGUCAUCUAAUGUCAUCACAACAAUCAACAACUCCAAUCAAUUUCAAACACAAUAUUCAGGAUUUUCAAAUACAAAAUAUUGACGACAAUCAAAUUGUCCUGCCGAGAAAUGAGGGACUUUUAAUUGCCAAUAAUCAUCGUCGAGUUCCAUCUAUAAAAAUAGAAAACUCAACAAAACGAGACGAUUCCUAUGGAGACAGACAAAAUGAAGAGUAUCGCUGUCAGUGGAUCGACUGCGGUAGUGUUUUCACGGAACAAGAAGGUUUGGUACGACACAUUGAAAAGAGACAUGUUGAAUCGUCGUCAUCACAUUCCCAUGUUCAUAGCAGAAGAAGCCAUAAGGAUCGCGAUAAGGAUAAGGAACGAGAUCAUAAUAAUGCAAAUAAUUCAAAUACCAGUCAGGAUGAAUUUACGUGUCAUUGGCAAGGAUGUCCACGGGCACGUCCUUUCAAUGCUCGUUACAAAUUACUCAUUCAUAUGAGGGUUCACAGUGGCGAAAAACCUAAUAAAUGUCCAUUUGCUGGCUGUACGAAGGCAUUUUCUCGUCUGGAAAAUUUAAAAAUCCAUCAAAGAUCACACACUGGUGAGAGGCCCUAUGCUUGUCAGCAUCGUGGUUGUUCAAAAGCUUUUAGCAAUAGCAGCGAUCGUGCAAAACAUCAGAGAACUCAUUACGAUACGAAACCAUACGCAUGUCAAGUUACUGGUUGUGGCAAACGUUACACGGAUCCAUCGAGUUUACGAAAACAUUUGAAAAAUCAUACGGAAAAUUCGUCAUCAAAUCAACAGAAACAAUCGUCAGGAUUAUCAUGUAAAGAACAGCCAUUAAAUCGAAUUUAUCAGGAAACAACGAAUACAAAAGUUUUACGAUUGGACAAUCAACAAAUGAUAUCGAAUAACAAUGGAAAUUAUCGUAGUCGAAAAGGUUCCGAUUUAUUGGAUGAAGAUGAAAGUGAAUUUUCUCUUAAUUUUGAUGACAGCCAACAGGAAUAUAUUCCCUAUGAAUCAGUGAAACGAUUUCUCACCGAUGACAAUUACAACGAUAAUAAUGUUACAGAUUAUGAAAAUUUUCAAGAACUCGGAUCCGAUAUUGAACAACAAUUUUUGGAGUUAACGAACUUUGAAGAGUCGAUUUUUAUCGCUGGUUAGAGUUUUUGUUUUUUUUGGUAAAUAUCUGAAUUUUUUAAUCAGAUUUACUCGUGAUCUCAAGAAAAUGGACCAAAUUUCGAAUUUAUAUUUUAUAAUUAUAUAUUCUAUCUGCGAUAUAAAAAUGACGUUUUACAAUGAAAGUUUCUAUU